CAAGGGACAGAUACGUCUUCCCUUAUCUUCUAUCACUCGCCUGAAAAGUCAGUGUCUGCUAGUCGCGCGGUAAUAGCCUUAGUCGGUCGCACGGGCUAUUCAACACACUCGGCCCCCCUUUAACGACGCUGAAUUGCCCGCCGAGAGCGAGCGCGACAAGCGAACACGACUUCGUGCCGACUAUCAUUGCAACGCUUCCAGUGCGGUCUUACUUUCUUGCUGCUGACCAUGCGUGCUAGGAUUCCCGUGCCAUCUGACGACGGCCACAAGGAUGGACCGGUAGGUGGUGAGCGACGCGCCCACCUCGGCCUCAUACCCCUCCCUAGCAAGCUACUCGCGCAUCGUAACACCUGGGUUCUCAAGAUGGACACCCUGCUAUCCGUGACGUCGUUUCCUCGCUGCUAUGUCAUUCUCGUGCUGGGCGCACCGACGUACAAGGACCUCUGUCCCAUACUGCUGUCCGGACACUACGCUCAUUCGCUGGUGAUCAUUGCCACCCACGAGCCUCCCGAGAUACCCAACCUCGUUAUUCCAGCUUUGCGGAUCCUGCACCUUUCGAGACCCCUCUCUGCGGAGAACACGGAUACGACGCGCCUCGCCGAUGUCAUGCUUUGGGCCGAGCAUGUUGCGUGCGAUUGGCGGAAGUACGGCGGCUCGGGCAUCUACGAGCUGGCGGAGAACGACGACGACGGGAUGUUACCGUCGGGCAGGCGCACUGCACUGAACGUCUUGCGUGUUGGUCGCCAUUCCGCCCGCAGGCACUCCAUGCCAGUCGAUUCGCCCUCAGCAACGAUCACGGACGGAAAGCGCCCCUUUGACGUCUUGGUCAAUUUCCUCCCGAACCAGCUACCAGACAACGUCCUGCUUCGCCACACUAUCUACGUCACCACCAUCGGCCGGUCAUUCUUCAAACCAUCAGCUGCUACAUCCUCUUUUCGCGAGGCGUCUUUGCGAAAGCGAGCGCUGCUCACGUCGAAGGCCAGCACGAUGCGGCCGCUCUCCUCGGCGGCGUCGCCGCAGAUCAUCCAUCUUCUGCCCGCGGAGUCCGCUCGAUACCCACAGGCGAGCGCGAGGCUCGUCGACAGCAUGGAGGCCUUCAUCGCUGCCUUCAUGUGCGCGACGUCUCUCUCGACCGAUGCGAAGAGAGAAGCAGAUGCGCCAGAGAACGUCCGGUCGUUCAUCAUGCACCCGACCACCUUCGGGAAGGCCCUUGACUGUGCGCUCGCACGCCUCACGCCGAGGGAAGGGCCCGGGAGGAAAGACGAUACUUGGGGCUGCGAGUGGACAGUGGCAGACGUCCUGAUAUCCGGGGCGCUGGAUAGUGCAACGAUCCUGACCAAGGGUGCGACGGCCCCGGAUGGGAUCAUGAAGACGUGGAUCUCAGGUCCCGAAGACAUCGCGCUUAUGCCGACCGGUGGCGGUUCUGUGCAGUCUGUCCCAAUCGUACAGGACUUGGACACGAGCGCAGUGUUGUACAAGACACCCCGUACGACGCAAUCUGCGCCUCUCCGAGUCUCCAUGAAGACUGCUGCGAGGACCGAGAAGGUAGUCGUGGAAGCGGCAACACGCCGGCCUGACAGUCCGGCCUCGACCUACUCCACCUCGUACGGACACGAGAUGGCUGGCAUCUCCCCUCCACCGUCCUUCCACGAGUAUCAAGACAGCGCAUACCUGCUCGGUAGCCCUGACGGGACAGCCGAGCAAGCUCAUAGCGACGGUGACCAUCCAGCCAGCGCGCCGUCAGAGGUCGAGGAGGUCCCGAAGUCGCCGGAGAUCUCGCCGGUUACGCAGGAGCUGCAUGAUCUGGGGGAGAUCGUGCUACCCAGCCGCGUGUCGAUCAAGCGCGUGCAGUCGCUGCUCACCGGGUGGAAGGACGUGGGCACAUGGCGGUCCAAGCGGGCGAGCAUAGACACCGCUUGA